AUUUGCAGCAGUGUGGAGUUUGGUGUCAAUUUCAAGAUUUCUCCUUUUGGUAGAAGAGAGGACAUUUAAAUUAGGCCUUCUUUUACUUUUACAGUUUUUUCCGAUCAACCGACAACCAUUACGCGGACAUUGUCUAAACACAGAGUGCGGAUGAAGCAGCUCUACACUGUUCCCUUUGAGAGGAACAGUGAGAGAGUCAAGGAGCUACGACGACAAUAUGUCCAGAGAGUUAUGGAAUUGGAGGCCAACCAGGCCCCUCAUGAAUUCAUUUACAUAGAUGAGGCAGGAUUCAAUCUGUCCAAAAGGCGUCGACGUGGACGAAAUAUAAUUGGAAAGAGGGCCACAGUUGAUGUGCCAGGACAGAGAGGGGCAAACAUUACCAUGUGUGCAGCAAUGGCAAAUGCAGGAUUACUCCUUCACAAAUGUCAGGUUGGACUCUAUAAUACCGAGCGCCUCCUCGCCUUUCUCAAUGAUCUCCACCAGCGCCUGGUACCAGAGCAGGAUCAGGAGGGUGAAAACAUGAGGACCUUUGUAAUUUCCUGGGACAAUGUUGCUUUCCACCAUUCGCAAGCAUGGAGGUGGAAGGUUUAUGACCAUCAGCCACAUGACCAGAUGUCCCUCCUUGAAGCCAUGGAUGCUGGAUGCAGGAAUAACACAGUUCAUGAUUGCCAAGGGUGGAUCCGACAUGCCAAGCGGUUUUAUCCCAGGUGCAUCGCCUUGGAUGACAUCAGAUGUGAUGUUGAUGAAAACAUGUGGCCUAACCCUGAAGAUCGCAGGGAUUAGAUACAGUAAUUUUGUGCUUUUUUGUUCCCCCUUUUUUAUCUGGGCUUUUUGCUGGUUGUUUUUUUUUUUACGGAAUGCU